AUGGUUUCAGGAUGGCUAUGUCUCUCGGUGUUUCUAGUGUGUUGCUGCUCUCCCUUGCUGGGCGCCCCCCCGACCCCCACGCAGGAUGAGAGCGAAGCAUCGUCGCUGGUGAAGCGUUCGGCCGCCUACCCCCACGGGACAAUGCUGCGCUACUUCCUGAUGGCGAUGAGCAGCUCUGACGCCCCUCGCAGCCCGCCCGUCCUCGUCAACCGGCCCAUCAGAAGGCUCGGGUCAGAGUUCCUGGGGAAGAGGUCCUCGCCGCCUGCGGUGAGCCUCGAGCAAAGCGCCGAAGACACCCACGCCUGCGAGGACGAGACGUGCGCCGAGGAAGCCGAAGUCCAAGACGACCGCAGAAAAGAACAUCUGAGUUACACUGGGCAGUAUGACUACGACUACGACAACGGCGAUGACGACGGUGCGAACGACACGGCUAAGAGAGACUCACAGAUCGCCAAACCCAAGAAGAGAAAUAUUAGAGAUAGGGAAAACUUGAAAGAUCUCUUUUCGAUAUUGAUGUCAAAGAAAAUGGGGUCCGAGUUCCUGGGUAAGAGAAUGGGAUCUGAAUUCUUAGGUAAGAGAAUGGGAUCCGAGUUCCUAGGGAAGAGAAUGGGUUCGGAAUUCCUCGGGAAGAGAGGAAUGGGUUCGGAAUUUCUCGGCAAAAGAGCGAUGGGGUCCGAAUUCCUGGGAAAGAGAGUCACAGGGUCGGAAUUCGUAGGGAAGCGUGCCAUGGGAUCAGAAUUCCUGGGCAAACGUGCAAUGGGUUCCGAAUUCCUUGGGAAGCGCGCCAUGGGAUCAGAAUUCCUGGGGAAGAGAGCAAUGGGUUCAGAAUUCUUAGGGAAAAGAGCAAUGGGAUCGGAAUUCUUAGGGAAGAGAGCAAUGGGAUCGGAAUUCUUAGGGAAGAGAGCAAUGGGUUCGGAGUUCCUGGGUAAGCGAGCAAUGGGAUCGGAAUUCUUAGGGAAGAGAGCAAUGGGAUCGGAAUUCCUUGGCAAGCGAGCAAUGGGGUCAGAAUUCCUAGGAAAGCGAUUCGCACCAGAAGAUCUUGGCUCUGCAUCAGCCGACACGAAGAGAGCUGUAGGAUCAGAAUUCCUUGGGUGAAGUAGACACCGUACCAGAAGAUAAAGCGACCAAAGUUUAAUUCAUAUCAAAUAAGGCGGGAAAUUCCUUGACUGUGUUAAUUGUUAUUGAAACGAGGAAGUUCAUAAUUCUUUUCGUCUCCAAUGGAUUUCGAAUUUUCACCUUAUUUCCGUUUUUUUUUUUCUUUUCUUUUCCUGAACACUAUACCCGACAUCUGACAGCAGAUAUAGCAGCGCAUUUUGUCAUUUCCAAAAAGCCAUCAUUCACCUGCCAUGUGGAGGAGGGAUGGCGGGUGAUCGCGUUGGUUACCGGAAACAUCAGACUGACUGGAGGUUCCUUACUUAGCUACUUCUGUGUGGCAUUUGUAAUUACAAAACAAUAAUGAUAACAAUAAUAUCGAAAGAAUUUAAAGACCAUGUAACUAUUGUAAAGACAUGUUAGUGCCAUUUAUUUUUGUAAAAUGCUUAUGAUCGUUCACUGGACGAGUCCUAAUGUAGCGAAACGAUUCAAUAAAAUUCUUUGUCAUCCCUCAAAUUCUUCUAAUCAAGAUUGGUUCUUGCGUGUGUGGACAGCACAAGUCAUGGCUACGUGGUUGUUAAUUAACGUGAUAGCAAUAGAGUAAGAAGAUACGCAAUGCAGAUUCAUUUACUGAUAUAUUAAAGUGGUACAUCGCUAUUGUUACAUUCAUUAUACUUUGAAUGAUCAUAUACCUAAGGACAAAUUGUAAUCUUUGUCUUCAUUUCUGAAAAAGUAAGUUAUUGCAUUUGGAGUGUGGCAUACUUUAUCCUUCUCAAAAUAAAUCGUGAAACCGCAACAUUACUUAUUGUUGAUGAUUCUAUUUCAGUGCCCCCUUUACUUGCAUAAACUUCCCAUUUUCUCAUCCAUUAACUUCUACUAUCACUGAUUCUUUUAAUGGUUGGCGGCUGGCAGCUAAAUGUAUGUAUUUUACCGUUUAACAUAACUAAGCGUGGCAAAAGUUCAGAUAAUUUGAAUAUGAAUUCCGAAACCGUUCGUUUUAAUGAUUUUUGUUUCGCCCAUUUUCUCUAUCCUUAUCCCCCAUCCUCUCUCUCAAAUGCGAUGAUGGCUGGGUUUCUAUAUAUAUUUUUUCCCUUUUUCAUUCAACUAUUGUAGCUUUGGAUGAGGGAUAAGGCUAGAGCUGACUAAAUUCUAAUAUAUAUAUAUUCUCUCUACAAGAAAUAAGGGGUUAACAACAUCAUGCAGAGCUAAAUUAAGAUCUAUACUGUUUUGUCCUCGCGCGCAGUCCACCACAAAAAGUUUCCGGUGCAUUCAUGUGCGUUGUGAUACAAAUGUAUUGGUUGUGAAUAUGUCUGGACACACUUUGCAGACAUAUCCAGUGGAGUCCACAGGUUGGAGGAUUUUGCCCGAUAAUCCUGUAUAUAGGCGACAAUUACAACUAACCAUAAUAAAGUAUGA